CUGUCGUAAACAUACAAACCCUAAUUUGUACUUCCAUGCAGUACACUUUCUCCCUCCCCUUCUCUCUCUCUUCAUUGAAGUCCCUUAAUCUUCUAUAUAUCUUUUUAUCAAUUCAACAUUCGUUAAUAUGUGAUUCCCUCUUCUUCUUUUGGAUCUUACGUGAAAACCCAUCUCCUUUUGAUCUCCUGGAUCUUUGAAAUUCACCUACCGUACGUCACAAGCAAAACCAAUCGAUUUGGAGUUUUCUUUAAAUUUCAGAUCGAUGGACAACGAAAGGAUUGUCGAGAGAGAACACAACCAAUGUUACGAAGACGAGUCUACAGAUUCUAGGAAACCACCUCCGUGGAGGAAACAGAUCACGAUCCGUUCCAUCGUCGCGAGUGUGUUCAUCGGAACCGUGUACAGUGUCAUCUGUCUGAAGCUAAACCUAACGACGGGACUCGUACCGAAUCUCAACAUCUCAUCAGCUCUUCUAGCCUUCGUCUUCCUCAAAUCAUGGACCAAGAUCCUCCAGAAAGCAGGAAUCGUCACCACUCCUUUCACACGCCAAGAGAACACCAUCGCUCAGACUUGUGCUGUUGCUUGUUACAGCAUCGCCCUUGCAGGUGGAUUUGCGUCGUACUUGUUGGGUUUGAAUAGAAGAACAUACGAGCUAACGGGAGUGAACACACAAGGAAACAAUGCACGUGGUAUCAAGGAGCCUGGUGUUGGAUGGAUGACGUCAUUCCUCUUUGUUACUAGCUUCAUUGGACUAGUUGUAUUGGUUCCUCUUCGAAAGGUGAUGAUUAUAGACUAUAAGCUCACGUAUCCUAGUGGAACAGCAACUGCUGUUCUUAUCAAUGGGUUUCACACUAGCAAAGGAGACAAAACAGCCAAGAAACAGAUUCGUGGGUUUGUAAAAUCGUUUUUCUUGAGUUUCUUUUGGGCAUUCUUUGGAUGGUUCUAUUCAGGUGGUGACUCAUGUGGCUUCUCUCAGUUCCCUACGUUUGGAUUACAAGCUUGGAAAAAAUCUUUUUUCUUCGACUUUAGUAUGACAUACGUUGGAGCUGGGAUGAUCUGCUCACAUUUGGUGAAUCUAUCGUUGCUAUUUGGUGCAAUCCUCUCGUGGGGAAUCAUGUGGCCACUGAUAGCAAACCUCAAAGGAGAAUGGUUUCCCGCUACUUUGCCAGAGAGCAGCAUGAAGAGCUUAAACGGUUACAAGGUUUUUAUAUGCAUUGCGUUGAUCUUAGGAGAUGGGCUUUAUAACUUCCUCAAGAUACUCAUUUUCACCGCAAGAAACUUUCACUCUAGACUCUCCAAAACCAACACCAUCAACACAUUGGUGGAAGUUCCAGGAGAAGGCACAAAGGAAUCUGAAAGGUUGAAACGAGAGAACGAGGUGUUUGUUCGAGAGAGCAUUCCGUUAUGGAUGGCUUGUGUUGGAUACUUUUUCUUCUCACUUGUCUCCAUCAUUGCAAUCCCUCUCAUGUUCCCUCAGCUCAAAUGGUACUUCGUCCUCGUAGCUUACCUCCUCGCCCCGUCUCUCAGCUUCUGUAACGCGUACGGAGCCGGUUUAACCGACAUGAACAUGGCUUACAACUACGGCAAAGCCGCCCUCUUCGUGAUGGCGGCUUUGGCUGGCGAAAACGACGGUGUGGUGGCCGGGAUGGUGGCUUGUGGACUCAUCAAAUCGAUAGUUUCUGUGUCAGCUGACUUGAUGCACGAUUUCAAAACGGGACAUCUAACGUUAACCUCGCCGCGCUCUAUGCUUGUGGCGCAAGCCAUAGGGACAGCGAUAGGCUGCGUGGUUGCGCCGCUCACUUUCUUCCUUUUCUACAAGGCGUUUGAUGUUGGGAACCCUGACGGUGAGUACAAGGCUCCUUACGCUAUCAUCUACAGAAACAUGGCCAUCAUCGGCGUUCAAGGUCUCUCUGCUCUCCCUCGUAACUGUCUCGAGCUUUGCUACGGGUUCUUUGCGUUUUCGGUUGCUGCUAACUUGGCGAGAGACUUCUUACCGGAGAAGCUAGGGAAGUGGAUACCACUUCCCAUGGCGAUGGCUGUACCGUUCUUGGUGGGUGGCUCGUUUGCGAUCGAUAUGUGUAUUGGGAGCUUUGUGGUGUUUGUUUGGCAGAAGGUGAACCGUAAGAAGGCAGAGUUUAUGGUUCCAGCUGUUGCUUCAGGUUUGAUAUGUGGAGAUGGUCUCUGGAUUCUGCCUUCUUCUCUACUGGCUCUGGCUAAGAUUCGACCACCUAUAUGUAUGAACUUCACACCAGCUCACUAGUCUCUAAGGAGAGAGGACUUAUCAAGGCAGAACCCAAACUCAUUGCUGAAGAAAUGUAUAAUAGAUAUGGUUUAGAUUAGGAGUAGAGAGUUAAAGAGAGAAUUCAAAGUAAACCACAUAUACACGUCUUAUAUGCUAUUGAUAAUUUUGAAUAAGAAUGAAGAGAAAGAGUUUGGUUAUAAAACCAGUCCCAGCUUAUAUCAGAAAGCUGAUUUUAUUAGAUGAUAAAAUUACACUACUACUCACUAAAAGGGGAGGAGAACAGGACAUAAACGCGACCACAAAUUACUACCACAUAUCGAUUAGCACAGAAGUCUUGGA